GCGCAUUCGGUCGCUCAGAGGAAGCAUUUCCUGAUUCGACUACUUACGUCUUAAAUACUGUGUCAACAGCUGCAGCUCUCGCUAAAUAUUCUCACUUUUCUGUGCCCGUGAACGAAGGCAUUUAAUGACAUUCCCGUCGACACUUUAAAAAUAAAAAUAGACGAACUUAAGUGCUUUCUCUCUAUAUCAUUAAGUAUCUCAAAUGCGCACACUGUGGACUUUUACACGCGUGAUGUUUGGAGCACGUUUAUGUGUGUGAGUCCAGAGGAAGUGUUGUGUGCUUUCAGUUCCACACAAGACCGCAUGAGGGCGAUAGAAGAGAAGGAAAACACUACUUUUGGUUUCUGCAAUGCUUCAAAAAAGUUGGUGGACAUUUCAGCCCUGCUGAGGGCAGCGAAAGCCCACUGUUUACCAGGUCUGGGGGUCUGUAUGCAGCUGGAAGAUCUGAUGCAGAAUCUGAGACUGAUGACUGGAGACACUACAGCAGGAGAGCCAUCAGACAAAGCAGUCACACCGGAUGAGUUUAUGAACUGUAAGAAGGCCCAUGAGGUGCAGGCAAUGUCUGAGGUUGUGGCUAGUUUGGCCAAAUACUGCCGAGUCAAACAGGUGAUAAACAUGGGUUCAGGGAAAGGCUACCUGUGCUCCUAUCUGUCCAUGCGGUUCAACCUGCAAGUGUUCGGGAUCGACUCCUCCAGCACCAACACACAUGGAGCUCAGGAGAGGAACAGGAAACUGAAGAAGUUCUCCAAAGCUUAUCAGAAACCGAACAAAGCCACUAGGAAACAAACUUUGGACAGCGAGGAUGAGAGUAUACAACACAGCAGAAACUUUGGAAACAGUGAUGGCAUCAGAAACUUUAUAACUGAGGAAAAGAAAAGCUUUGAGGCUCGAGCGGAUAGCAGUGCUUUAUCAAAACAAGUCCCCAAUGAUUUAUCUGCUUCAGGUAAUGCUGCAGAAUGUCCUUUAGACCUGAAUGAUUCAGAUUCAGAAAGCAGCUUCCUCAGUAUGCUGUCUCUAGACGUCACAGAAGACGUCUCUCCCCGCGUCAACCACAGCCAGCUGAGUCUGGAGGAAAGAGAGAAGAGAAAGAGAGAGAAUCUGGAGAGGAAAGCUCGAGAAGGAAGGGGGAACAUCGGAGACGACGGCCUGUUUUCCCCUCUGACCUCAUAUGACCCUUUAACUUUAGCACUCACUAUUCUAAUUCAAUUCUUAAAAAAGAAACUACUUUUCUAAUCUUUUUCUAUUCUAUCUGUUUUCUUUUUAUUUAUUAUAUUAUUUAAAAGCCCUUGCUAUGUGUACUGUAUUUAAGCUAACUGAGACUUGUUAUAGCACUUAUAUAUCAUUGCUCUUUUGCUGGUUUUAAUUGCUUCCAUUGUCAUAAUUUGUAAGUCGCUUUAGAUAAAAGUGUCUGCUAAAUGAA